AUGCUCUCCCCGGACGCCCCAGCGCGUCGCGAUGCUCUCCCCGGACGCCCCAGAGCGUCGCGAUGCUCUCCCCGGACGCCCCAGAGCGUCGCUAUGCUCUCCCCGGACGCCCCAGAGCGUCGCGAUGCUCUCCCCGGACGCCCCAGAGCAUCGCGAUGCUCUCCCCGGACGCCCCAGAGCGUCGCGAUGCUCUCCCCGGACGCCCCAGAGCGUCGUGAUGCUCUCCUCGGACGCCCCAGAGCGUCGCGAUGCUCUACCCGGACGCCCCAGAGCGUCGUGAUGCUCUCCCCGGACGCCCCAGAGCGUCGUGAUGCUCUCCCCGGACGCCCCAGAGCGUCGCGAUGCUCUCCCCGAACGCCCCAGAGCGUCGCGAUGCUCUCCCCGGACGCCCCAGAGCGUCGCUAUGCUCUCCCCGGACGCCCCAGAGCGUCGCUAUGCUCUCCCCGGACGCCCCAGAGCGUCGCGAUGCUCUCCCCGGACGCCCCAGAGCAUCGCGAUGCUCUCCCCGGACGCCCCAGAGCGUCGCGAUGCUCUCCCCGGACGCCCCAGAGCGUCGCUAUGCUCUCCCCGGACGCCCCAGAGCGUCGCGAUGCUCUCCCCGGACGCCCCAGAGCAUCGCGAUGCUCUCCCCGGACGCCCCAGAGCGUCGCGAUGCUCUCCCCGGACGCCCCAGAGCGUCGAGAUGCUCUCCCUAGACGCCCCAGAGCGUCGCGAUGCUCUCCCCGGACGCCCCAGAGCGUCGCUAUGCUCUCCCCUGACGCCCCAGAGUGUCGCAAUGCUCUCCCCGGACGCCUCAGAGCGUCGCGAUGCUCUCCCCGGACGCCGAAGAGCGUCGCCAUGCUCUACCCGGACGCCCCAGAGCGUCGCGAUGCUCUCCCCGGACGCUCCAGAGCGUCGCGAUGCUCUCCCCGGACGCCCCAGAGCGUCGCUAUGCUCUCCCCGGACGCCCCAGAGCGUCGCGAUGCUCUCCCCGGACGCCCCAGAGCAUCGCGAUGCUCUCCCCGGACGCCCCAGAGCGUCGCGAUGCUCUCCCCGGACGCCCCAGAGCGUCGUGAUGCUCUCCUCGGACGCCCCAGAGCGUCGCGAUUCUCUACCCGGACGCCCCAGAGCGUCGUGAUGCUCUCCCCGGACGCCCCAGAGCGUCGUGAUGCUCUCCCCGGACGCCCCAGAGCGUCGCGAUGCUCUCCCCGAACGCCCCAGAGCGUCGCGAUGCUCUACCCGGACGCCCCAGAGCGUCGCGAUGCUCUUCCCGGACGCCGCAGCAGCGUCGCUAUGCUCUCCCCGGACGCCCCAGAGCGUCGCGAUGCUCUCCCCGGACGCCCCAGAGCGUCGCGAUGCUCUCCCCGAACGCCCCAGAGGGUCGUGAUGCUCUCCCCGGACGCCCCAGAGCGUCGCGAUGCUCUCCCCGGACGCCCCAGCUCUCCCCGGACGCCCCAGAGCGUCGCGAUGCUCUCCCCGGACGCCCCAGAGCGUCGCGAUGCUCUCCCCGGACGCCCCAGAGCAUCGCGAUGCUCUCCCCGGACGCCCCAGAGCGUCGCGAUGCUCUCCCGGGACGCCCCAGAGCGUCGCGAUGCUCUCCCCGGACGCCCCAGAGCGUCGCGAUGCUCUCCCCGGACGCCGAAGAGCGUCGCGAUGCUCUACUCGGACGCCCCAGAGCGUCGCGAUGCUCUCCCCGGACGCUCCAGAGCGUCGCGAUGCUCUCCCCGGACGCCCCAGAGCGUCGCGAUGCUCUACCCGGACGCCCCAGAGCGUCGCGAUGCUCUCCCCGGACGCCCCAGAGCGUCGCGAUGCUCUCCCCGGACGCCCCAGAGCGUCGCGAUGCUCUCCCCGGACGCCCCAGAGCGUCGCGAUGCUCUACCCGGACGCCCCAGAGCGUCGCGAUGCUCUCCCCGGACGCCCCAGCGCGUCGCGAUGCUCUCCCCGGACGCCCCAGAGCGUCGCGAUGCUCUCCCCGGACGCCCCAGAGCGUUGCGAUGCUCUACCCGGACGCCCCAGAGCGUCGCGAUGCUCUCCCCGGACGCCCCAGAGCGUCGUGAUGCUCUCCCCGGACGCCCCAGAGCGUCGCGAUGCUCUCCUCGAACGCCACAGAGCAGCGUCGCGAUGCUCUCCCCGGACGCCCCAGAGCGUCGUGAUGCUCUCCUCGGACGCCCCAGAGCGUCGCGAUGCUCUACCCGGACGCCCCAGAGCGUCGUGAUGCUCUCCCCGGACGCCCCAGAGCGUCGUGAUGCUCUCCCCGGACGCCCCAGAGCGUCGCGAUGCUCUCCCCGAACGCCCCAGAGCGUCGCGAUGCUCUCCCCGGACGCCCCAGAGCGUCGCUAUGCUCUCCCCGGACGCCCCAGAGCGUCGCUAUGCUCUCCCCGGACGCCCCAGAGCGUCGCGAUGCUCUCCCCGGACGCCCCAGAGCGUUGCGAUGCUCUACCCGGACGCCCCAGAGCGUCGCGAUGCUCUCCCCGGACGCCCCAGAGCGUCGUGAUGCUCUCCCCGGACGCCCCAGAGCGUCGCGAUGCUCUCCUCGAACGCCACAGAGCGUCGCGAUGCUCUAUUCGGACGCCCCAGAGCGUCGCGAUGCUCUUCCCGGACGCCGCAGCGCGUCGUGAUGCUCUCCCCGGACGCCCCAGAGCGUCGCGAUGCUCUCCCCGGACGCCCCAGCGCGUCGCGAUGCUCUCCCCGGACGCCCCAGAGCGUCGCGAUGCUCUCCCCGGACGCCCCAGAGCGUCGCUAUGCUCUCCCCGGACGCCCCAGAGCGUCGCGAUGCUCUCCCCGGACGCCCCAGAGCAUCGCGAUGCUCUCCCCGGACGCCCCAGAGCGUCGCGAUGCUCUCCCCGGACGCCCCAGAGCGUCGUGAUGCUCUCCUCGGACGCCCCAGAGCGUCGCGAUGCUCUACCCGGACGCCCCAGAGCGUCGUGA